CUUGUCAGUGUCGUCUGUAUUGUUAUGUUUGUGUUAACGUGUUUGUCAAAAUAAAAUUGUCUAAUCACAAAUCAUUAAAUCAAAUUCAAAUCAGUCAAAAUCAGAGAAGAAUAGACCUUCUUCAUCACUGAGCUAAAAUUUCCCACUUCACUCACACUUUUUGUCUUGGAGAGUUGAGUGGUCGAGUCUCAAGUCGGGGAGGUGUUGGACUGUUAUUCUAGGCUAACAUUUUUGCUUUCAGUAUUUUUACAACAUGUUCAAUAUUUCUAUACUGUACUAAUAAAUAAUACUAUAUGGCGCGACAAUACUAAAUUAUAGACAUUGGUAUUAUUUUCGGGAUUGAAUUUUUUUUUAUUUGAGCCAUCAGGCUACUAUUUGUAAUACGGUAAGUUAAGGCUCCAAGUAAAAAGUGCAAGUGUAAAUAUAAGAUAGCCCUGACAAUGAUGGUACAUCAAAAAUUAUUUCAAAGAAUUUUUUUCUGUAAUUUGAGGACAUUUUCUACCACCACAAACAACUCACCAGGAAAUGUGAUUAUUGUUAAUAAAAUGAAUACUGUGAUGACCAUCGGGAUAAAUCGUCCUGAGACUUGCAAUGCUCUGAAUUACGAAGCAGCAAGCCGGUUAUCAGAUGCCAUCUCCCAGUUCGAGGAAGACACUAGUGUUGCAGUCGGAGUCAUACAUGGUGUCGCUGGAAACUUCUGUUCAGGUUUUGACUUGAAGGAGAUGAGCAACGACCCUAAUCUGGCAGAAAAACUCACUGGACUUAGACUGACAGACCGCUAUGUAUCUAAGCCGCUAGUGGCAGCAGUGUCUGGUUACGCCGUGGGGGUCGGUAUGGACCUGGCGCUAUGGUGCGAUCUGCGAGUGAUGGAGGACAAGGCCAUCAUGGGCUGCUUCCAGAGAAGACUUGGUAUUCCUCAAAGCCAGAGUAUGUUGGACAGACUGAAGCAUAUGGUUGGGCUGUCCCGCAGUCUAGACUGGGUGUUGACCGGUCGACCAAUCACAGCGGAGGAGGCCUUCUCAUGUGGCCUAGUAUCUCGCUUAGUGGCUUGCGGCACUGGUUUUGGACAAGCCUACAGUGCUGCCAAUGCUAUAGCCAAGUUCCCUCAGGCCGCACUCAACACCGACAGAGCCGCUUUGUAUCUGACCUGUCUCUCUGACCAACAUAUACAGGCUGGGUUGGUCUCCCAGUACAGAGAACACCACCUGAAGAACUCCAUCCAGGAAGCAGAAGAAGGAGCCAAGAAAUUUGUCGAAGGAUGUGGACGACACGGCAAAACAACGGGUCUCUUCACUGUAGAAAAUAGCUUAGAAAUUACUGAAGAAAGUGGAAGAAAGUCAGUGUUGUAGCCUUAAAUUAAGCUUAUUUGCGACCCCGUUAACUCAGGUAAUUGUAGCUAUGAUUUUUUUAAUAUUUAUUUUCCAAUAAACUAGAUUAUUAAGUAAGAAGUAUGAAUUAUU